UUUACCUCUGGUUACAUGCUCCACAAUCUGUGAUGAAAUAUGAGUCCGUUGGGGUGACCGGUGCCAGGGAAAGACGAUCAGGUUGGUAGCAUGGGAUGACUCGAAUACUUUCCACGGUCACGUUAAGGGUUGCACUCCCCAUUUUAGAGCUGUGGCUGCAGGCGUGUGGUUCGGGAGCGACAGAGGGAGAGAAAGUUCCAGAAAACAGAGAUUUGAGCGGAGAGAGAAGAUUAAUAUGAUCAGGCUAAUCUGACAGCUGUUAAGGAAGAUCGCUUAGCGGGUUUAAUUGUGCCUGAAUUGACACAAUAAUACUCAUAACUAUGUCUGACAAACAGGCCGGACAAGCUGCCCAAAGGAAACCAUCCACCAACAAGAACAUUAAGAAGCUCCGCACAGUCAGCAUGGUGUGUGGCCUGGCGAGCAGCUGGCAGAAGUGGGUGAUGGAUAAUGAGAAGAAGCAGGCCAGUGAACCCAGUGGCUGGGCUCCGUCUUCACUGGGAGGACCAGCGGAGGAACGUUUAAAGAAGUGGGUCCCAAAGAAGCCUCCUCCCUCUCAGACCCAGCCAACAGAAGCCUCCCACAGUCCUGUCAUCAACUCUGAAGAGGUGAAAAAGAUCUCGACUCCUCACAAGGAAACCCAAGAUGCACCCAAGACGGAGGAGCUCAAGACCUCAGCCGAUCCACCGGUUGAAUCCUGCAUCAAGGUGAAGCAAGUGGUGAAGACGGUGACCAGCGGGGUUGUGGAGAAAGGUGCUGGUGUUGGGCUUCUGACCGAGAAGAUCAAGAGGGAGUCUCUUCCAUCAGAUGAGGAGAUUGACCGGCUUCUGAAGAAGAAAAGCUCGCCUACACGCCGCAGGAAAUGCUCCAACAUGGUGUCAUCGCUGACCAAAAGCUGGAAGCAGGUGGAGAGGGAGCAGAAGCUUGGAAAAGAGGCAGGAGGAACAGGAGAGGGACCCACAGGUGGUGGUGAUAAGGACGACAGUGGACACCCCGAGGCAAAGAAGGAGGGACUGGACAUAGAGGAUGCUCGGACACAGAGGACAGGCUCUUUAAAGGAAACAGAACAAGAAGAGUCGGAUGAAGAUUCUGUGUCAUUGGUCAAGAUUAAAAGACCCACUGUGCCGAUUUACAAAAAGGAAGCUGAGGACGCUAACAAGAUCAACGCCCUUUCAAAGAAAUACAGUGCUGUGGGCAACCUCAAGAGCCGCUGGCAGAACUGGGCCUCAGAGCACACCGUAAACCAGAAACUAAACCCCUUCAGCGAGUAUUUCGACUAUGACUACUCCAUGUCCCUCCGCCUCCAGAAGGGCCAAGAGGGUUACGGGCGCCCCAAGGAGGGCACCCAAACGGCGGAGAGAGCCAAACGCGCCGAGCAACACAUCCACCGCGAGAUAGCCGACAUGUGUUACGUGAUCAGGACCAUGGCGGAUCCGGACCCAGACGGAAAGACGCGCAUCACGUUCGGAGAGCUGUUCGACAGAUACGUCCGGAUCUCUGACAAGGUGGUGGGGAUCCUGAUGAGAGCCAGGAAACACGGCAAGGUGGCGUUCGAAGGGGAGAUGCUGUGGCAGGGCCAGGAUGACGGAGUGAUUAUUACUCUGCUGGUGUGAUGUUAACACCUGGGUCAGAGUUGUACUGGAAA